CGCUGCGGGCUUCACCAUUACCCCCCGCUACAUCAACGUUUAUAUUCCUGAUCAACCUACAUCUGCCACAGCAAGUCGCACCAUCUUCACCCCAGCUGUUCUACAGGUUUUAACACCUACAGUCCCAGUGAGGCUGGGGUUUCCCAAACAGAGGAGGUUUAGUUGGGGGGAGUUUCUCCCACUCUCAUUCCCUUUCCCUGCACCAGCUCAGCAUGCCCCAGCCCCUGAGCACAUCCACAGCUCUCCCAGCUCCACUACCAUGUGUAGAUGGACAGUGACACAAGGUGCACCGGCCGCCUGGUUCUCCUCCUGCCCCUGCCGUAGACCUCCUUCACACCUCUCCCUCACCUUGCUGCUCCUGCUUCUCCUGCUCGGACCGUCCUCAUCCUCCCCGCUGUCCGCUUCGUCCGAACACGGCCGCAAUGCACCAGGAGGGACUUCUCCUCACUUCCUCAUCUCAUACCCACCACCCUCCUCAUCACCCACACCGCUUCACGCAUCCUCUGCAAGGUUGCCAAGGGCGACCAAUGUGUCAUCGUCGUCCGCGACGGUUGUUGGCCGGCACGUGCGAAGCAGCUACAAGCAUCUACAAGGGGACGUGCGCUGGCGGAAACUGUUCUCCUCCCAGAAAUUCUAUCUUCGCAUUGGCGAGGAGGGAAAGGUUAACGGCACCGGAAACAAGGACGAUCCAUACAGUGUUUUGGAGAUCAAAUCAGUGGAUGUGGGUGUGGUGGCCAUCAAGGGCCUCAAAAGUAACCACUACCUGGCAAUCAAGAAGAAUGGCGUUCUGUACGGAGCGAGAGAGUACGGCCCAGACUGCCGUCUAAUUGAACGCAUCGAGGAAAACAAGUAUAACACCUACGCUUCAGCUCAGUGGCUCAACAAGGACAAGCGCAUGUUUGUUGCACUGAACCCCAAGGGAAAGCCAAUGAAAGGAAGGAAGACACGAAGGAAAAACCCAGCCACUCACUUCCUGCCUAUUUUGUCAGAACAGCGAUGACUGGACAAAUCAGCAAAGGGAGAGCUCUGCAGAUUAAAGGCUAUCGGACGUUUUUUGGAGUUGAAGUGAUGGCUUCAUUGGACAGAUUCAAGUCUGAACAGUAUGAUGCACUGAGGAGGAAAAGAAAGGAAACAAACAGACAUUUUAUCACAGUUGGAUAAAGACAUUUCUAUUUUUAAAGAAAGAAAUAAGAUAUAUCGCUAUACAAUGUACAUAUUAUUUUCUGUUUUAAGUUAUAAAGUACACUGGCACGGUAAAAUUAUGAAAAGAAAUGACUUCUGUGCCAAAAUGUGAAACGGUAACUCACAUUUUUAGAUUUGUGUACGUGUGAAGUCAGUGACUGGGGAAGAAAUGGCAAAAGAGAAAACAUGGAGGCAAACAGGGGAAGGCAGAGGAAGUAUUAGCAGGAAGCUGACUGAUAGAAGAAGAAGAAAAGAUGAGAUGGGUGGAGGAAAAUGAAAAAAGUUUGUGUUUAGUCAAGUACCAACACAGCAGCAAGUCUAAAACUAUCAUGUUUUUUCUUUGAAUUUAUUUAUUUUGUGUAAUAUUUAACAAAAAAAACCCUACAAAAAUACAAAAAAGAAAGUCUUUUUUUUUUUUUUUUACCAUGUAUGCUUCUCUUUGAAUACUAUACAUUUAAACCUGAAUAAAUACAAAGAAUAUAUUUGUCUUUAACCUGUCUGACUGACUUUGGUUAUUUUUAUUUU